AGUGAGAAUAAAUAAGAAGCGUUCGGUUCCGUCACCAGAAAGAAAGAGAUAGGAAAGAGGUUCUUGCUUCAACAGUGAUUGAACGGAACGUCUUCGGCUCAUUCUAUUUAUUAAGCUGCAUUUAAAAUAAAGUUUAUUUUUGCACUUUCCGUUUGUUUAAGAAAACGUUAAAACUAGCCGAAAUGGAGACUUCUCAGAUUCGUCAGAACUACCACCGCGACUGCGAGGCCGCCAUUAACAAGAUGAUUAACAUGGAGCUUUUCGCCUCCUACACCUACACCUCCAUGGCCUACUACUUCACUCGCGAUGACGUCGCGCUCGAGGGUUUCGCCCAUUUCUUCAAAGAGAACAGUCACGAGGAGCGCGAGCUCGCGGAGAAGUUUAUGUCCUUCCAGAACAAGAGAGGCGGGCGCAUUUUCCUCCAGGACGUCAAGAAACCGGAGCGUGAUGAGUGGCGCAAUGGACUGGAGGCCAUGCAGUGUGCUCUGCAGCUGGAGAAGACCGUGAACCAGGCUCUGCUUGACCUGCACAAACUCGCCACUGAUAAAGCAGAUCCUCAUCUGUGUGACUUCCUGGAGACUCACUACCUGAACAAGCAGGUGGAGACCAUAAAGAAACUGGUUGACCACAUCACCAACCUCACCAAGAUGGAUGCUGCCAACAACCGUAUGGCCGAGUACCUGUUUGAUAAACACACCCUGGGAGAAGAGAGUUAAAACUGCCUCCACGCAAAUCAGCAGAACCUCCACCAUUUUUAAACCUAAGAGUUAGUGUGCAGUAACAUGUGUAGACCUUCAGCAUUAAAUGGAUUAUGGAGUAGAAACGAGUAGUUUGAUGUCUGUCGUGUCUGUAAUCUCUGACUAUCCUUAUGUGGAGGAUAAAACACUAAAAAUUAAAUGAAUAAACAUUUUGAGCUGGA